UAGCAGAGGUUACCCUGAGUGUUUUAACAGAGAGUAUUUACAGCCUAAUCGUACAGAAGAGAUGAUUGCACUAAUUUUCUUUUCUGUCCUGCUGUGGGACAUGGCUGAAGCAUGGGGAUUCAAGGACGGAGUGCUGCAUAACUCUAUUUGGUUAGAACGAGCAGCCGGAGUGUAUCACAGGGAGUCACGCACUGGAAAGUACCAGCUCACCUACGCAGAAGCAAAAGCCGUCUGUGAGUACGAAGGAGGACAUCUAGCCACCUAUCAGCAGCUGGAGGCAGCAAGAAAAAUAGGUUUCCAUGUGUGUGCGGCUGGCUGGAUGGCAAAGGGCAGAGUUGGUUAUCCCAUAGUAAAAGCUGGACCCAACUGUGGCUUUGGAAAGACUGGCAUUGUGGAUUACGGGAUUCGCCUCAACAGAAGCGAGAGAUGGGAUGCCUACUGCUACAACCCUAACGGAAAAGAGUGUGGUGGAAUCUUUACAGAUUCAAAACAUGUUUUUAAGUCACCAGGCUACCCAAAUGAGUAUGAAAAUGAUCAAAUUUGCUACUGGCAUAUUAGAGUAAAGUAUGGACAACGGAUUCAUCUGCAGUUUCUGGAGUUUGAUGUUGAAGACGACACUGCUUGUAUGGCUGAUUUCUUGGAAGUCUAUGAUAGCUAUGAUGAUAUCAAUGGCUUUGUGGGCAGGUUCUGUGGAGAUGAGUUGCCAGAUGAUAUCAUUAGCACAGGAAAUGUUAUGACCUUGAAGUUUUUGACAGAUGCCUCAGUGACAGCUGGUGGUUUUCAAAUUAGAUAUGUUACUAUGGACAUGCCUUCAAAAUCAGGUGAUGGAAAGAAUACAACUUCCCAAGGAAAAACAAACUUCUUAGCUGGAAAAUUUGGUAUUAUGUGAGCAGAUUAGCAGGGUAUGAUCAUUAAGAAACAUGUUUUAGAACCCGAUUCAGGUAUCUGUUUCUUCAGAUAAGACAGAGACAUGCAGUCAUUUUCCUCAUAUCUUUCUGACCUUUUAUUUUCUGCCUUAUAUAAGUUUUUUUAAUAAAGCAGAUUAGGAAAUAAAUUAUAAAAGGUACUUACUUACAUAAAUAAUAGAAGACUAUUUUUAGAUUACAAGGACUGCAUAAAACCAAAGAAUUCAUUGUUACCAAAUAUUUUUAAAUUAUUUUUCUAUAUGAACUGUUCCUUUUCCUCAUUUCUUGCUUAACUUGAACAAAUAUUUUAUGUGACAGAUGUUUCUUUUUUAUUAAUUUAAUUUGGUCUUCCAUCCUUAUUUUUCUUGAUUUCUACAUAUUUAUUUUUGAAUUUUUGCUUUAUUUCUUCUUGUUCUCUGUGUUAUUCUUUUUUUAUUUUUUAAUUAACUCAUUUCCCUGAAUGCAAAAGGCCAUUUGAGUAAAUUGUUAAGGUAACAUGAAUUCAUCUUGUGGGUGGCCUAACAGCCACCUAUGUCAUUGUCUGAAGUGAGAAGCUUAUAAAGCGUCAUGAAAAGCACAGAAUCAAUUAUAUUACCAUCAUAAUUUUGUUGUGAGAUAAAUUAAAAAUAUUCAAUCAAUUUUGUCACGGUUUCCUCAUCCAGAGAAGAGAUACUCAAGCAUUUAACUUCUCUGAUUUCACUUAGUAAAGAAUCAAAUGAAAGACUCUGUAAUGAUAAGAAAACUGGUGAGAUGAAGCGUUAGAGGAAAUUAGGUACUGAUUUACCAGCAUAUCUGUUUAUAAAAUACUGUCAAGAUGCUAUAUGUUGUUUACACAGGUUUUUAGACUGUACUGUUUUGAACUGAUAAAUAUAAAUCAUUUUCCGUAUGUUUUUAACUUCAGUUUAAAUUCCUCAGUUUGAAGUGUCAUUAAAGCUACCUCUGUUUUAA